CUUUCAAAGUAUCUUUGUAAAAUAGUGAAUUUAUUUAUCAUUUUGAAAGUGAAGCAUUAACACCAUUCAGUGGUGUUUUUUCACUUUCAAAAUAUCAUUUCAAAAUAAAGAGAAGACACGAAGACCAUCCAGGUGGUGUCUUUACCUUUUAAAAUCUCGUUUCGAAAUGAUGAAUUGACUCACCUGAGUGGUGUUAAAUUGACACUAGAAAACUUAAUAUAGAAACAAACCUAUUUUGAAGUUAUAUAUUAUUUCUUUUGUGUGUGUAGAUUGGCAGCAAGUAUGGGAUAUGUUGCAGAAUUGAAUACGGGAAACAAGAUGCCUGUAAUUGGGCUUGGAACUGGCGCUCCAGCUUACCAGUAUGAGGAGAUCAAGGCAGCUGUCGGUGUGGCUCUUCAGGUUGGAUACAGACAUUUUGACACAGCCAGCUAUUAUGGGUCAGAAGGUGCCUUAGGAGCAGCUCUCACGGAAGCUUUCCAAAGAGGUGAUGUCAAGCGGGAGGAAGUGUUUGUCACCACUAAACUGUGGGAUGAUGAACAUGACGAUCCUCCUGCUGCAAUCACCAAAAGUCUCAAGAAUUUGCAGCUGGAAUACGUAGACUUGUAUCUAAUCCAUUGGCCUUUAAGGUUAAGGAAAGGAUAUACCCUUCCACCAAAGGAGGAAGAUUUUUUGCCUCUGGAUAUCAAAUCUACAUGGCAAGGCAUGGAAAAAUGUUUUGAAUUGGGUCUCACCAAAGCCAUUGGUUUGAGCAAUUUUUCCUGUAAAAAAAUUGAAGACUUGUUGAACUAUGCCAAAAUUCCUCCUGCUACCAAUCAAGUAGAGUUACACCCAAUGUGGCAGCAGAAAAAGCUAAGAGACUACUGCAGGAAGAUGAAAAUUCAAGUAUGUGCAUGGUCUCCUCUCGGAGCUCCAAAAACUCCAUGGGGAUCCAACGUGGUGAUGGACAACCCAGUGAUUAAGGAAAUCGCUCAAAAGCAUGGAAAGUCUACAGCACAGGUUGUGUUGAGGUGGGGAAUAGAUCAAGGAGUGUGUGCGCUCCCCAAGAGUUUUAAUAAAGGGAGGAUAACAGAAAAUUUUCAGGUUUUUGACUGGUGUUUAACUGCAGAAGACCAUGAGAAAAUGAGCAAGCUUGAGCAGAGGAAGAUACUGAGGGGAGAAGAUCUUGUAAACUCAACAACUAGCCCUUACAGAACCAUUGAAGAGCUAUGGGAUGGAGAGAUCUAAUAUCAAACAACAUGGCAUGGUUAUGUAGGUUAAAUUAGGAAUGUGUUUAUUGCAAAAUUAAAAUAUUGUAUCCAGGUCUACCUUAAUAUGUUAUCUCUGUUUUCAUCUUCUGUUUAGAUAAGUAAAUAAAUUGAGCCUGCGGUUUAAUAUUC